GUGGUUAAAUAUCUUCUUUUUUUUUCACAUGAAAAAAUAAAAGAAAAUUCAAAUUCCACUGAAAACUAGAAUGAUCUAGAGCUACUGGGAAAAAAAUGCUAAAAAAGAAAAGAGAAAGGAAAUGAAUAUGCAAUGUCAUGCGAGUUUCCUCCUUUGAUUCUGUUAACUGAUUAUUUUUUCCUAUAAAUAUACAUAUCCCCCUCAUGUUUUCCUCCAUGUUUCAACACAAUCUUUGCUAUACUAUUUUCCUUAUCUUACCCAUUCUUUGAAUUCCAUUUGUUGCUAAUUUUCUUGCGUCAAAAGCUCUUCUGCACAACCACCUUUGAGUAUUCUUCUCUCACUAGUUAUACCUGUAUCAGACCAAUUUGCACAUUAUUUGACUAGUUUUACUUCCUGGUCUUCUUCUCUAAAUCUCUCCUUACAAUUCUGUGACUUAAAUCUACAGGGUCCUUUUGUUCUCUCACCAACUUGUAUCAGGCUCUUUGUUGCAGUCUGCAACUCACUACUGCUAUUGCUCUUCUUUCUCAGUAAUUUGUAGAAACCUACUUAUCCACAAAAUUUGUACAAACCUUUAGUCUCAGUCUCAGAGCCCUUUAUUUUAGCAGGGCUUUUCUCUUACUAACUUGUAUCAAUCCUUUUGUUUUCAUUUUGUUGCUACUGUUCUUCUCACUAAACUUCGUAAGUCACUUCUCCCAGUUUUCACCAUGGCUCCGAAUCCAAUCUCUAAUAAUUCCAACAAUACACCCAUAGUCUCAAAUACCCAUUUUUCGCUCUCGAAUGGGUCUCUCUGUUUCAAUGGAGUUACUCUGUUAUCAGAGGUCCCUGAUAGCGUCACUCUAAGAAGUUUCUUCUCUGUUUGCACCCCUCUCUCUAAAGACACCCCAGUCUCGCUUCUCGAGUCAGUUGAGUCCAAGGCUCACUGUGGAGCUUUCUUAGGGUUCGAAGCCUCUGAAACCUCUGAUACAUUUACAAAUCCCUUGGGAAAGUUCAUAAAUAGGAGGUUCUUGAGCAUAUUCAGAUUCAAAACAUGGUGGUCCACUAUGUGGAUUGGUAACAAUGGAUCGGAUUUGCAAAAAGAAACCCAAUUAGUCCUUUUCGAGAUCCCUGAGAGAAAGCGCUAUUGUCUGGUUUUGCCUCUGAUAGAGGAAAAUUUCAGAUUUUCCCUUCAACCAGGCCAUGAAGGAAAAGUCGUUCUUUGGGGUGAGAGUGGAUCCACCAUGGUUCAGACUUCGAGCUUUAUGGCCUGUGUUUAUCUCCACAUAGGUAUAAACCCAUUCGAUCUCAUGAGAGAGGCUUUCUCAGCCAUGAGAGUCCAUCUUGGUAGUUUCAAAUUGUUGAGUGAGAAAAAGCUCCCAAAUAUAAUUGAUCGAUUCGGUUGGUGUACUUGGGAUGCUUUCUAUCUCACAGUCGAACCAGUAGGGGUAUGGCAUGGAGUAAAAGAGUUUUUUGAUGGAGGCCUCCCCCUGAGAUUUCUCAUUAUUGAUGAUGGGUGGCAAAGUGUGAACACUGAUAAAGAUAACCCACUGAAAGAUGCUGAAAAUUUAGUCUUGUUAGGUUCUCAAAUGCAGUGUAGGCUUUAUAGACUCAAGGAAAAUGAUAAGUUUGGAAAGUAUAAAAAGGGCAAUAUGUUAAGGCCUGAUGCCCCAGCAUUUGAUGAGAAGAGAAUGAAGGAAAAGAUAGAGGAGGCAAUUGAGAUGGAGAAAGAGAGGAAGAGGAAAGAGAAGUGGGGUGAUUGGGCAUGGAUAUGGAAAUUAGGAAGGCGUAGAGAGAAGAAAGAAUUAAGCAGUGGAGAGGUUAUGAAUGGCUUAGAGGGAGAGGAAGAGAAGGGAGAGGGUGGAGAUGGUGAAGAGAGAGAAGGGGAGAUAGGUUUGAAAGCUUUUCUUGAGGAUUUAAGAGAGAGAUAUACGGAGAUAGAUGAUGUCUAUGUUUGGCAUGCACUAUGUGGAGCUUGGGGUGGAGUUAGACCAGGAACUACACAUUUGAAAUCAGAGAUAACACCAGCUGUUGUUUCUCCAGGAUUAGAUGAAACCAUGCACGAUCUUGCAGUGGUUAAGGUCGUUGAAGGCGGGAUAGGGCUCGUCGAUCCUAGCCAUGCUGAAGAUUUCUAUGAUUCAAUGCACUCUUAUCUCUCUAAAUCGGGCAUCACAGGCGUUAAGGUGGAUGUAAUCCAUACUCUAGAAUAUGUUGCAGAGGAGUAUGGAGGCAGAGUUCAGUUGGCCAAGGCAUAUUAUGAUGGUCUAAGUAAAUCCCUGGAGAAAAAUUUCAGUGGGGGCGGAUUGAUUGCAAGCAUGGAGCAAUGCAAUGACUUCUUCUACUUGGGAACCAGGCAAAUCUCCAUGGGUAGGGUAGGAGAUGAUUUUUGGUUUGAAGACCCGAAUGGAGAUCCUAUGGGGGUGUACUGGUUGCAGGGUGUCCACAUGGUCCAUUGCAGUUAUAACAGUCUUUGGAUGGGUCAAUUUAUACAGCCUGAUUGGGAUAUGUUUCAGUCUGAUCAUGUUUGUGCAAGGUUCCAUGGAGCUUCAAGGUCCAUUUGUGGGGGUCCUAUAUAUGUUAGUGACAAAAUUGGUGGCCAUGAUUUCGAGCUUCUGAGAAAGCUUGUUUUACCAGAUGGCACAAUUCUUAGAUGCAUUCACUAUGCCCUUCCCACAAGAGAUUGCCUCUUCGAGAACCCAUUGUUCGAUGGCAAGACUGCUCUCAAGAUCUGGAAUUUGAAUAAGUGUGGAGGAGUAAUUGGAGCAUUCAACUGUCAAGGAGCAGGCUGGUGUCCAAAGGAGCACAAGAGCAAAGCUUAUCCUCAGUGUUACAAAGCCAUCGCUAGUUCCAUUUCUUCAGAUGACAUAGAAUGGGAGCAAAGGCCAGAAACCUUUCACAUGAGAGAAUCUGAUGAAUUUGCAGUUUAUCACUGUGAAGAAGACGAGCUUCAAAUAGUAAGCUCGAAAUCCUCGAUCGGUUUCACUCUCAAGGAAUCUACCUUUGAGAUUUUCACAAUGGCACCUGUGCAAAAGCUUGGGUCUUCGACGAAAUUUGCAGCCAUUGGCUUGACCAAUAUGUUCAACAGUGGAGGAGCCAUUGAAGAGUUGAAGUGCGAGACGGAUGAUGAAGGUUCUGGAGUGAGAAUUGGGAUCAAGGGAGCUGGUAGAUUCACAGCUUACUCUAGUGAGAGGCCAAAGGGGUGCAUUUUGAAUGGGAAAGAGAGAGAAUUUGUAUGGGAUAGUGAGAGUGGGAGGCUCUGGUUUGAAGUGCCAUGGAUUGGAGGUGCAAGUUCCACUGCCAUUGUCCAAUUCUAGCUUCAAUCCCAUCUUCACCCACCCCACUGUCUGUCCAUAAAGGAGUUACCCAAAAUCAAUUUUUAACUUUUCUCUUGAAUUCUCCAUUUUAUCCUUUUUUUUUUGUUACAAAAAAAGCUUUUUCUUACUAGAAAAUUGGGAGGGCUCAGAAGGAAGCCCAAUUUGGUUGGGAGGUCUUUUGUUGGGAGUUCUCUACUCUUCCUUCAAUUUUUUUUUCCCUUUUCCAUAGGCUUUUAUUGGACUUAUUGGGCUUAUUGCUUCUGAUAUAUGUAAAUAUCCGAAUUCUUUUGUAAUCAUUUUAUUUUUCUCUUUCUUGCUCAAGGGUAGGGUGUGGCUUUGGUUGUUGUUUACUGUGACAUUGUUUGGGUUUUCCAUUUUUUUUAUGUGGUGUAAAUUGCAGAGAUACUGCUCCCUUUUGUAUAUUUUUGUAAAUUGGCAUCAA